CCAAUCGACCUGAUCCUCCAAACUUUACAAUUUGACCUACCAUAACGAAGGGUCGGAUGAAAGCAACAACAGCAUUGGAUGUUCAGCUUUUUUUCGAAUAAACUUUAUAUUCAUGCUCAGGAAAUUCCAACCGUCCAAACAGGUUAAGCUUUGAGCAUUUCUUUUUUUUCUACUUUCAAGCUACUCGCGAAACCUACACAUGACAAAAAUAACCCACACCAGACCAACCCGCAUCAUACGACGACGCGGGCCAACACACAGAUGAUUCAGAUGAAACGUGCAGUGUAUGGGUGACGGGAUGCUAUGAUGAUCUUCUGGCACACGAUCUUACUAAACCAUGUAAAACAAAAAAAUAAAAUCUGGUAAAAUGUGAACAAUCUUUGAAUUGAUAAGUUACUAGACAGUACGAGAGAAAAAAUGGGAAGUUAAUGACUGAUUAUGCCUUUCGUAACAGACGAUUGUGUGUAACGUGAUCAGUGAAUGCAUUGUAUUUGUUUAAAUAUUUUGUUUGAUUAAUGGAGCUGUAUUUACAAGUAAAAUUGCACAGUUUUUACAAUAAGAUCGAACGAUCAUUGAUCAUCAUUGAUGAAAGUUCAUAUGCAGAUCACUGCAGCAUCACUUUCACGGUUACAUUCCACGAACUUACCAUUCCGUCCAUUCAUGAUCGUAAACCGUCAAGACGCCGAUCGCCGACUUCAGGUCACGUUGAAUCCGAAAGGCACGUUAGUUAUCGCGUGGCGAGUGAUCUGUACAGGUGCAUCAUCAUCAUCAUCCGCACCAUCCGCACUGCCGUGACUGUUUCCGUGACUGUCCCCUCGAUUCGCUCGGCAGUGAAAUGAAGCCGCACUAUAUGCUACUGUUGGCGCUUUUGGUAGGAUUCCAUGCAACCAGCAGCAGUGGGCAGAGCAGCAACGGUGCGACAGCGAUAGAUGAUCCCGAUCUGGAUGACAUGGAGUACGAGCGCGAUAACGACGGCGAGUCGCUCAUCCCCAAACCGGUCGUGGUGCGGUCGGACCUAGGCGAUCCCGUACCGACCGUACAGAUCCCGAACAAGGCCGGCGAGUUUGUCACGAUGACGCGCAUGGAUGUGCAAGAGUGCAAGAGCAAUGCCAGCUAUUACGAGGCCACCAAGUACGUGCAGUGCUAUCUGUACCGGGCGAACGAUACGGCAGAUCGCCACGAGUUCCACUUUAAUGGGUUGAGUUCGAUCGUUGCCGCCGGUUACAAGCGCACCCUGCCCACAGCCAUCCUGGUGCACGGGUGGCUCGGCAGUUCGGAAUCCGUCGUCAUUGACCCGCUCGCCAAAGCGCUGCUGGCCCAAGAAAACAAGAACGUAAUUGCCGUGGAUUGGGAGCAGGGUGCCAGCACGCUGCUCUACCCGGUCGCCCGCUACCGUGUGCCGAAGGUGGCCAACCUGGUGGCGGCACUGAUCGACAAUCUCGUGGCCGGGCUCGGCCAGGACAUCAACCAGAUCGGCAUCAUCGGGCACAGUCUGGGGGCACACAUUGCGGGAAUUGCGGCGAAACGGGUACGAUCGGGUAAGAUCGGUUACAUCGUCGGGCUCGAUCCCGCCUCGCCACUGUUUCGGCUGAAGAAACCGGACGAGCGGCUGUCGGCCGACGAUGCACAGUACGUGGAGAUUAUACACACGAACGGCAAAGCGUUGGGCUUCUUCAGCAACAUUGGCCAGGCCGACUACUAUCCUAACGGCGGUGUUCGACAGCCGGGCUGCGGAUUCAGCCUUACUUGCAGCCAUCAACGCGCGGUGGACUUUUUCAAGGAAUCGCUCAAGAUAAGCAACUAUUACGCCCGGCGGUGCGAUGGUAUCGCGAACCUUGGGCCGACCUGUUCCACCGAUCGAACGGUGCUGGGCGGAAUGAUCUGGAAGUCGUCGAAACCGGCAGGCGUGUAUUACAUCUCGACCGCCCCGAACGAGCCAUUCCUUCGCAGCGGAACGGUGGAAUUGCGACGAAGCGCCUCCUGGAUCCUUCUGCUGCUUUCACUCGCAUCGACGUACAUACGGAUCGCUUAAUCGAAGCUAAAACACAACAUAUACCAAAAAACACACAACCCAUCUGAGUGAUGUACGUCGAAUGCUUUUCAAUCGUGCCCGACACUCAUAUGACCAAAGUGGAAAUACCAACAAACGGAGAAGAUUACGCCGAGUGGGGAAUGUUUACGUGCCCUUUGCAUGGGGUACGUUGAGAUUAUUUCAUCGAAAUACGUUAAACUAGCCCAUGGUUGCGCUGAUUAUUGUAGUUCACGAUCACGAAAGAGAAGACAUAUGACACGCAACAUGAUUUUCAAAGAAAUUAAUUCGGAAUCAUCGUAAUAAUUCACUUAAUCGGUCAUAAUGGAGAGCGGUUCAUGAUCUCGAUGUUGUAAUUGUGAUCGAAAAUAAUACAAUUCUACUAAACAAACCGAUUAUGAAAUUUGUAGGUAGAGAGGAUAAAUAUUUAUAAAUAUUUAAAUAUAGAAUAUUUAAUUGCUGGGGUUUGCAUAGCCACUGAGCAGUGGUUCUCAACCUCUGUGGCCCAAAUAGACAUGAUUCGCGGAAAAUACAAUUUUUAUAAAGACAAGCUGAUUGCACUAUUGUACUGUACUUGACUUUUUUCCUAAGGUGUGAAUUUUGAAAAGUUAUUUGAACAAUAAAUGCUAAAAAGUA